UGGCGCACUGGCUCGGCUCGGCUCGGCUCGGCUCAGUGCGUGCGCGCCCCUCAAUCCGUCCGCAUGCACGGGACCAUGGAUGCGACCCUCAACCGGAUCAUCUGGGCGGACUUCGAUUGCACUUUGCUGGACGUGUCGCAAGACACGCCGUGGGACAACGCUUCACUCUCACAAUUGAACGCUGAUGGUUUCUACUGUAGCGCCACCACUGAUGAGAUUGGCACCUGCUGGCCACAGAGCAACACCGGGAGGAUUGUGGAGAGACCCUGCCCCGAGUACAUAAAUGGAGUCAAGUACAACACAAACAGAAGCGCAUACAGGGAAUGCAUGGAAAACAGCACAUGGGCGCUAAAGAGCAAUUAUUCAAACUGCGUCCCCAUUUUAGACGAGAAGAGAAUGUAUCCCAUGCAUUACAAGAUAGCGCUGAUCAUCAACUACCUGGGCCACUGCAUUUCUGUGGGGGCGCUAUUAGUGGCCUUCAUCCUCUUCCUGUGCUUAAGGAGCAUCCGAUGUUUGCGCAACAUCAUCCACUGGAACUUAAUUACCACCUUCAUCCUGAGAAACGUCAUGUGGUUCCUGCUGCAGCUCAUCGACCACAACAUCCAUGAGAGUAAUGAGCCGUGGUGUCGCCUGAUGACCACCGUCUACAACUACUUUGUGGUCACCAACUUCUUCUGGAUGUUCGUGGAGGGCUGCUACCUGCACACGGCCAUCGUGAUGACCUACUCCACGGAUAAGCUGCGCAAGUGGGUCUUCCUCUGCAUCGGCUGGUGUAUUCCGUGUCCAAUAAUAAUAGCCUGGAGCAUCGGGAAGCUGUAUUAUGAAAAUGAAAAGUGCUGGUUCGGCAAGGACCCCGGGAAAUACAUCGACUACAUUUACCAAGGGCCUGUCAUUCUUGUGCUACUGAUCAACUUUGUUUUCCUCUUCAAUAUCGUCCGAAUACUGAUGACCAAACUGAGAGCGUCGACCACCUCAGAAACCAUCCAGUACAGAAAGGCCGUGAAGGCCACGCUGGUCCUGCUGCCCCUGCUGGGCAUCACCUACAUGCUCUUCUUCGUCAACCCGGGGGGGGACGACAUCUCGCAGAUCGUCUUCGUCUAUUUCAACUCCUUCCUGCAGUCGUUUCAGGGCUUCUUUGUGUCCGUCUUCUACUGCUUCCUUAACGGGGAGGUUCGCUCGGCGGUGAGGAAACGCUGGCACCGCUGGCAGGACAAUCACUCCCUGCGGGUGCGAGUGGCGCGGGCCAUGUCCAUCCCCACGUCCCCGACGCGGGUCAGCUUCCACAGCAUUAAGCAGACAACCGCUGUGUGAAUACACACACACACACACACACACACACACACACACACACACAGACAGUGGUUAUCGUGUGUGGUGGGGACCAGCAGCCACACACAGAUCGUGUGGUCCCCAGCUUUAACGGCAAACUGCAGUCAAAUGCUCAUUUUGUCAGGAACCUAACCCGCUGACUGGGGUUUCAACGCUGCCUUGGCUGGUGUGAAGCACACAAUUGGUGGGUGUGGUCAUGAAUUUAGAAUUUUCAGUUUAUUAUUCUCACAAUAGUUCCUCAGCGGGUAAUUGAACGCACGCUCAGAUGUAUAGUUUGCGUCGCACACCACACAUAGGACCAGAUCACACACAUGCAGGCACGCAAGGAGAGGUUCACCGCAUCACUCGAGCUGGGGUGGUGGGGACGAUUCCUUGCUUAAGGGCAACAACAGUUGCCAUUUGCCCCUUCACUUCGAAGCCCAACACCUGACAAACUGAGCUACUUUCGUCCAUUAUGUUGCCCCGGGGGCAAAUGAAAGGAUGAAUGAAGUGAAUACUUGUCCAUAACAAACAUCAUGUUCAAGCCUAAGGGUGUCCAUAUCGGCACUUGGCACCAGACACCUUUGGCCACAGUUCGAUGAUCGACUUUGUGGUCAUGUCAUCGGACUUGCGGCCGCAUGUCUUGAACAUUCGGGUGAAGAAAGGGGCGGAGCUCUCAACUGAUCACCACCUGGUGGUGAGUCUGCUCCGA